AUGAUGAAAUUCCGAUUGUCGGUUCAAGAGAAGUCAAAUGUUGAUGGACGGACGGACGAUGGAUGCAGGAUGCCACGGUAUGGCAUAAGCUCACCUUGGUCCUUCGGACAAGCUAACACAGCACAGUCUACACAUGCACAGCCCCAAGAAACUACCAAAAGAAAUACUGCAAUACUGUGUGAAGAAUGUGGUGGAGUUUUCUUUACUGUUGCCAGUUACAACCAACAUGCAUGUGCCCUUGCUGAUGUUUCAUCUGUGGACACAGAUUGCACUAACGCUAAAAGCACAGAUUUGAACGGGUCCCAACACAGUCCAACAGAAAACACAAAAGGUAUAUCUACUACUACUGGUACAUGUAUGUCAUGGAACAAGUCACAAACACUCUUGUUAAUCUCUGAAUAUCAGCGACACGAGGCAAAAGUUACAUCUGGACUACUUAGGAAAAAGAUGUUGUGGCAGAAAAUUGAGACAGUGUUUAAAGAACAUGGUUACAGUUUUACAGCAGAUCAGAUAUCAGGUCGAUGGAAAACGAUCACUAGGGCUUUCAAAAACACUAAGGACCACAACAAGAAGAGUGGAAAUGACAAGAAGCACUAUGAAUUUGAGGAUGCGUUAAAUGAUGUCCUUGGAGACUGUCCAACUGUCAACCCUGUGACAAUAUCCUCUGUGAAAAAACGCAAGCUUCCUGAUGUUGAUUCUGAAAGUACAGAGGGUGAAGAUGACUGUUCAUGUUCAAAAUCGGAUUCCAAUGAAAGUUCAAAACAAAAGUCAAAGAAGACAAAUUCUUCAGAAAUCAUUAACCUAUUGAAACAACACUCAGAACAACAGCGAGAAUUUCAAAGCGAAUACAGACAAAUGCAAGCAAAGGAAUCAGAGAGAAGGCAAAAGGAACACUCUGAGCGCUUAUUGGUCCUAAAUAGUUUGAUUGAUGCCAUAAAAAGCAAUAAAAAGUAAAUCAUAAAAAGAGUGUGUUGUUUGUAUGGAUGCAGAUGCAGAUUGUGCCAUAGUGGAUUGUGGGCACCUUGCCACCUGUAUGGACUGUGCGAAAGAAUUAAGUAAUUGCCCAAUAUGUAGAAAAGUGAUAACCAGCAAAAUCAAAAUUUAUCUCUAGUCAGACAUUCCAAC